UUUGAGCUGAUGGAUCAUCCCGGUCGAGGACGAUGGGAAAAAGUUCCAUUGAAGAAUUCUACUGUUGUAUUCUGCUACAGUCGAUGACCACAGACUAGAUUCUAUUAGGACACUGGGCAGGCUUGUCACUUUGUCAAGUGUUGCAUGUUGAUGCGUAUAUAAGGAUUUCUAGCCAAAAUACCCUGAGGAUUGGACUAUUAAAGACAGCAGUGACUAUAAAAUUAUUACACUCUUGAACGUCUGUGUACAAGACACACAGAUGGGUGGUCCUGUUAAAGUUAUCAUCUGGGCGUCGCCCCGCACAUGCUCCACAGCUCUCCUCAAGUGCUUGAGCAGUCUCCCAAAUGCCAAGGUCUUUGAUGAGUUGUACAGCAUUGCAUUUCUACUCGGGCCUGACCGACUGGAUCAGAGGCCGACCGGAGAGGAGCCUCAAGCUAGCCAGGCAAGACAGGGCAAGGGAUUUGCCUUCCCAAGCUCCAUCUGUACCUACGAGUGGAUCAAGGAGACCCUCCAGCAGGAUUACCCUGGCGAACAGGUCAUCAUCUCCAAGGAGAUUGUUUACUGUCUCAACCAAAAGUAUGAUUGCCUCCCGGAGGGUUACCGCCAUGUCUUCCUGCUGCGACAUCCAAGUAAGGUCUUCCCCUCCUGGAAGAAGCUCACCUAUGAGGUUUCAAAGCAGUUCUCAACUGAGGUUCCGGAAACUCUGGAUGAGUUUAUCUUUGAUCAGCAACCCCCGCACCUGUUGCCCCCUGGGAUGUCCUUCAAGGAGGCCUACGAUCUGUACCAAUAUGUCAAGGAGAAGAAGCUGGAUGUCGAUCCAGUUAUCAUAGAUGCUGACGAUCUUGUCCAGAACCCAGCAGCCAUCGUUUCAGCGAUGUGUGCCAAGCUGGGGAUCCAAUACACUGAGUCCCUCUUGACCUGGGACAAGGGUACAGACAUCGUGGACACUUGGACUGUUGGCAUCGCGUUUAAAAAUAUCAUUCAACACUCUGAGGCCUAUAAAAACUUCCGGAACAGCACUAGCUUCCGCCGACCAGAGUUGGAGAAACAGGCUACCGCAAGGCCUGUUGAGUCAAGAGUCACCCCAGAUAUUGAGCGCUGUGUCAGCUUCAGCAUGCCGUUCUAUCAACAAAUGUACGAGCAACGCUUACAGUUCGACAAGAUUUAAGAUA